AUGUAUUCGUACGAUGAUUUUGUCAUCCAAAGCCAGCAGCAGUUGCAAGGUUCACAGCAGACAUCAAGACCGUCACCACCUCAAUCUACGUGUGUUGGGCCACAGAGUCACACGUCGUACUACUCCAUGCCGCCGUCGCCCAUGGUAGGAAGUAUAGAAGAUUACGGCCACUCGACGACGAGAACAAACACCUAUUCGUCUCAGUCGCCAGCUGUAAGCUCUUCUACUUUCAGUAAUCUUAUGCUUGCGCCUGGUUCGCUUAUAGGCCCUGACUACCUACAUGGCGGUUUGAGCAGAAAUUCGUGGGGACAGAAGCCGUGUGAAGAAUCGGAGCUAUUUCCCUUGUUAGAUCCAGAUGUACCCGACUUCUACUACGGCAUUAUCGAUUCUGACGAAAACACGCCUACCUUCGACCCGCGACAAUGCUACGAUGUGAAUCAACGCGACACUGACAAUAUGACCUUUUUCAACAUGCAAUCUAGUCGUCGAAUGUCUGGAUCUUCGUACUCCAUGUCAAGUACUGGCGGUAUUCCCGAAAUGUCAAGCUAUGGAGACGUAGAUUCCCCCGAAACAGUCUCAUACGCGUCGGACCGUAAUGUGUGGCGUAAUCUGGAACCAACCACAAACCAUUUGAUGUCGCCAAUUUCGUCGUCACACAUAUCUCACCACGACAACGUCAUCCGAGGCGGAAGUCGUUCCCGCGGAUCUCCAGCGUCACAUACUAAUGUGCGAUCCUCUCCGUACUCCCUAGAAAGUCCUCGCUUAAAAAGAUGGUCCACGGGACAAGCGCCUACAUCGACACCUACAAGCUCAAGUUCAACAGCGCAAACUCCAAACCGCUUCGCACUUUUUGGUCCACGUCUGACCUCGCAUCAUUCAAUGCCAGCAUACGGAUCAACCGCGCCUGGCGUAUUUGGGCCACCCACUCAGAAAAUACUCUACUCACACGACCACACUAUUCAAUCCAACACCUCGCCGCUUGUUACACCCCCAGAACAACCGUUUAGUCUUGAAUUCCCUCCACUGUUACCCUCCCAAGGACUCUUCCGGUUGCCAUCAAACGAUGUGGAUCGUCAAAGAGGUUCUUCGUCGCACUAUUCAGAUUUGUCCGGUCCACCUGAUCUUUUCGCAUCAUUAUAUGAACAACCCUCGAAUCCGCCAGAAUCAGACAUGAACCCUUCAGACCCGGAUCUUGUACCGCACGAGCAAGACACUCGCUUCACUGGCGACCUGUACACUCCAAGAUGGGUCCGUGGCCAUGGCAACAAGCGUGAAGGAUGGUGUGGACUUUGUAAGCCCGGACGCUGGCUCGUUCUCAAAAACAGUGCGUUUUGGUACGACAAAUCGUUCACCCAUGGCGUCAGUGCAGCUACAGGUGCUGCCUUUAAAGGCCCACAUGACACUCGACGAACGGAAGGGAAUCUCGAUGUCUGGGAGGGUCUUUGUGGGAGCUGUGGCGAUUGGAUUGCACUGGUCAGCAGCAAGAAGAAGGGGACAACAUGGUUCAGACAUGCAUACAAGUGCCACACACAUCCCAAGCUCAAAGACGGACCUAAAAGGCGUCGUGAAACACAGGCAGGACGCGUACGUGCAACGUCGUCCGCAUCGGCAACGUCGUCUUCGGACCCUGUCAAGCGUGAGACCUCACAAACAAGUACUCCGCCAAUAGCGAUACCCGGGUCAACCACGUUGCAGUCCUCUGGCGUGCCAAUCACGUCAGCGCCUCCCGUUCCCGUGUCGACACCUCAGUUGACUAUUUCACCACCUUCGAAAAUAACCUCGUACCCAAGCAGCCUCUCUUGCCCAACGCCAACUUCAGGCACACCAACAAUGCAAUCAUACCACACUCCAGCGUCGAAUACCAUGUAUCAGCCAUACACUUCAACAGCCACAUAUACGAUGCAUGAUGUCCGUCAACCAACGUUUACAUCCUCGUACCAUCCACCCUACACACCGACAGCAACAUCUUCCAUGCAACGUUUGCACACACCAACGGUAACAUCAUUCCAAAAGAGUCCUAUCGUAGGCUUCUUCAACACUCCAAUGCACGUCGUCAACACUGAAUCCGCUUGCUCGACAUCCCUGGGUUUUUCGCAUCAGAUAAGUGAACCCGAGACACUGGGCAUCAGAACGUCAACAGCGGGACUAAAUUCGAUUGCGAGCAUGAUCUGA